AUUUCUCGUAAGUACGUCCACGUGCACGGCAGCGUAGCAUCCUUGUAUUCUACAGGGCCUAAGCACCGCGAUCGUACUUCACUGCACCUUACCACCACCUGCACUACCGUGAUCAUCGCCCUCAAUGCAUAGCGCAACGUGCACGAAGGAACAACAAGAACGCACAGCCGCGCUGCAAGCGAAGGUGGACGAACUCAAACGCAAGUUACGGGAGCGCGAAGAUGCUUUAAAUGCAGUCUGGCGGAAAAUAAUUGAGCUUUGGCACCAUGUGGCAAAAGACGACGCUCAGAUAUUGAUGGACAGACUGGCUCAGAUUGCUAAUCGGCAGACUACGACUCAGUCCGACGACUACGGACUGACUCGGGAUGAUUGACGUGACUCUCCGACCGUCCUUCUCGAGAGUGUACGUACCGAUGCCAUGUAUUUG